ACAUUAUGUAUUGCACGCCACGGUUGCAGUGAAUGAGAUUAAGAACAUUCGCAUGGUCACUUUGUGGGUUGAGAACAAACUGGAUCCCGCCACGUCUUUAAUAUGGUGCGUAUGUAUGACUUGCAUAAUGUGUCGGGAAUAUGUCGCUAUACAUUGCACCAGCGUAAGCAAGGGAGGGGCUGCUGCAAAACUCGCCGAUAGAAUGAAUGCAAAGAGCCAAAAGAACACUUCCUGUUGAUGCAAAAAUUGCAGCAGCAACUGUCUGACACAUCUGGACUGGAGAGGGGGGGAGGCCUGGCUGUGGCUGUUAGCGAACUGAAGGGGAAUGGACAACGUUUAAUGGCAAUCUGCAGCACGGUGGUUGACAAACUGGAGAAGCAUAUUCAAGAAAUGGACGACGGCAGCUACAUCGAGUUUGAUGUGCCGGAGUUCAGCAACACUGUCCUGACCCAGCUCAAUGAGUUGCGACUACAGGGCAAGUUAUGUGACAUCAUUGUCCACAUUCAGGGUCAGCCAUUCCGCGCCCACAAGGCCGUUCUGGCAGCAAGCUCACCCUACUUUCGAGACCACUCAGCUCUCAGCACCAUGAGUGGCCUUUCGAUCUCGGUCAUCAAAAGCCCUGAGGUGUUUGAGCAGCUUCUAGCAUUCUGCUACACCGGCCAUAUGUCCCUGCAGCUCAAGGACAUUAUCAGUUUCCUCACUGCUGCCAGCUUUCUGCAGAUGCAGGUCAUUAUUGACAAGUGUACGCAGAUCCUCGAGAGCAUCCACUCCAAAAUAAGCCUCCCAGUUAGUAGCCCAGAGAAGGACGAUUCGCAGACAAGUCGGAACGGGGUCAACGACAGCAACCUCUUUGUCAACCCCACGCAGAUCUCCCCCCCUUACUACUCCCGUCAGAGUCAUGCAGGAAACGAAGCACGCUUGGACCUUGGAGGAAAAGGCCUGGGUCGUGGGCGACUGCAGCAAGAGGAAGGCCAAUCGGAUCGUGGCAGCACCGACAGUGUGUCGGAGCAUGAUGCGCCCAUGGAAGGAGAAAUGGAGCAAGUGGAACUUAUUGGUAAAGACGGCCAAGUCACAGACGUGCAUGUGAAAGUAGAGAAAACUGAGAGGCCUACCUACUCCGAUAGUUCCUCAGCUGGCGAUGAUGGCUACCACACGGAGUUGGUGGAUGGAGAGCAAGUUCUGGCUGUUAGUGUGGGUUCUUACGGUCCUGUUAUCCAGUCGGCUGCCUAUUCCUACUCAGGGCUCGCUUCCCCGUGCUUUGUUAACCUCAGCAGCUCCAGCCCGUCCCGUUCCAUCCUCAGCGGCUUCAGAGGUGGAAGAGCCAGAGCAAAGCGCCCCCUGGGCAUCCCAGCAGCGGUACUGAGUCACAUCAAACAAGGUGCAGAUGACAGCGAACCCGCUGUGGGACCCACAAUGUUGGAGAACGACGUGCGAGAGCGCAGUCUGAGGAGUCAGUGGUACCCGUACAACGAAAGACUCAUUUGCGUCUACUGCGGUAAGACCUUCAAUCAGAAAGGGAGCCUCGACCGUCACAUGCGCCUGCAUAUGGGCAUCACCCCGUUUGUUUGUAAGUUCUGUGGCAAGAAGUACACAAGGAAAGACCAACUGGAGUACCACAUCCGCGGCCACACGGACAACAAGCCGUUCCACUGCCAGAUCUGUGGAAAAUGCUUCCCGUUUCAGGGCACCCUUAACCAGCACCUGAGGAAGAAGCACAUGGGAGCGUCCGAGGGCAGCAAUCAUAUGGACUCUCCUGAGAGGACGGAGGGAAGCUCGGGUCAGAAGGACCAGGAUGACACCGCUGAAGGGAUAGCCUAUGAGGCGCAAUAUGCAGAAGAGGCACCAGCCAGUGAAAUGGAGGAGAGUUCCAAAUGCAGUCCAGAAGAGGCUCAGGCAUCCAGAUGCGAUUAUUAA